CCAACACUUCACAAGUCACUGUACAGUCAUGGUGCAGGGUAGCUUAUCACCCUCCUGAGAGAGAACUCACAAAAAAAAAACGACCCUGCCCAAUAUUACCAGAACUAUCAGAAAUGAUCCGAAUCUACAACAGCCAAUACUACAACUUCCUGCAGCAGGCGGAUGCCCUUCGUCAAUCAGGUAUGCUCUGCGAUGUCAUUAUCUCAGUGCAGAGCCAAACUUUUCGGGCACACCGGUUAGUUCUAGCCUGUGCUAGUAGAGCGUUAGCGCAGCACCUGGCCAAAGCUGACUCGGACAGCCCAGCCCUUUGCACGUUGGAGUAUUUCACUCCCCAAACCUUCCAGCAAGUUCUGGACUUCACUUACACUCAAGCUCUUGAAGUGCCAGCAAAAGACCUGAAGCAACUGCUGAGAGCUGCCCAGCUCUUAGAAAUGCAGCUGCUGGAGGACCAGUGCCGCAAACAGCUUGACUGUCUCGAAGCCAGAAAGGAAGAUGAGAGCAGAGAAGCGGCUGACCUCAGAGAGGAAAAGAAAGGUUUACAAGAGACAGAUCAAACGCAAAAAAGUAAAAUUCUCGAGAACAAACUCAAACAGAUAUCCUCCCCAGAAGAAAAAUCCAGCGUUGGCAUCGUCAUGGAAAAUGUUUCACCUGCCGAUUCUAAUGAUAUCCGUAACAACCAAAAAUCCCCAAGAAGGAAGGCAGGAUUGUCCCCAAUACCAGCAGCACUGUGCAACAGAGAUAGUGUGAUUACCAGGUCCAACACUAGCAGCUCAUCUUUUUCCCCUGCAUGGGCAUUCCCAAACAUGUGGGUCUCUGGGAAUCACUUUAAAACCUUAGGCCAAAUUUCUGAAAACUACUCAAACUUCAUCGCAGCUCAUCCCCUUCCAUCUUCCAACCAGACCUCUGUGAUGUACCCAUUCUCCCUUUCUUCUCAGCACAUGUUCCCUCUGCUUAGUUCCCAUUUUCAAACUCCCUUACAAAAUGCUGCACUGGGAUACUCACACUUUCACCCCCAUCCCUAUGCUCACGGAUGGACCUCACGAAUGGGCAGUAUGAUCAAGAACAGUCUUUUGAAAAAGAAGAAAUCAAGCCAAACAAGUCAAACUGGGGAGACAAGCUUUCCAGAAGCGCAAAAAGUUAGGGGAAGACUUGAAGAUUGCCAACACUGCAGUAAAAAAGUCCUUUGUGAUCCACUGCUGCGGGAGUCAGGCUCCACACGAUUGGGUCAAAGCUGCGAUGGAUGUCAGUUCUGUGGAAGAGACGCUGUGCAACUCGAAGCAAACGGCACAGACCACAGAGGCGAAAAACCCUACCAAUGCAAACACUGUCCCAAGAAGUUUAGCCUAAAACAUCAGCUCGAUACCCAUCAUCGCGUCCACACCGGAGAGAAGCCAUUUGAGUGUCGCCUUUGUGGUCAACGCUCACGGGACUACUCUGCUAUGAUAAAACAUCUGCGGACCCAUGAUGGGGCUGCACCCUACCAGUGCACCGUGUGCCUGGAGUUCUGCAGCAGCCUGGUCGCUAUGCAGAGGCACAUCAAGAGCCAUGCAGUGCAGGACUUCCCCCCUGACUGGAGCAUCAGCAACACCUACUUAUACAUCUCCCACAUAUGAGACCAUCCUAACAAGCUGUAGCCUGGUGUUCCUUGUGUAAGACUGUUAAAGUUCAGUUAAGCACUGUACUGAUGAUCAUAGCUAAUCAUCUGCUUUACCCAACCAACAGUAAAGCUCGAUUUAAAAAGAAAUAUAUUGCUCUUCUUGGAAGUAUUAAGAGCUAACUAGGCUUUGAAGGGUGUAAAAUCUAUGCAAAGUGAAACUGUUCUCUAUUUGCAUUCACAGUAAUAGGAAUUCCAUGUGCAGUACUAUUUUCCAGUGACAUUAAAGGUUUUGAAAGUGUUUACCGGGCAUUAAAGCCACAUCAGCAUCUAAUCCCCGAUGCAUGACGCAGGAAUCCUCCCUCUGACUUUCAAAAUUAUUAGACCGCUUUGCAGCUGUGAACUGGGUUUUUAGCGCUCUCAAGAGGACAUUUACUGAAAACAAAAUUCUGCUUCCAUUGACAUGAGGCUUUGUAUGCUAUUGACUAUGAGAAUUAUCUUAUAACAAGGUAAUGAUAAUACAGUAAAGAUCAAAGAGAAUAGUGGAAUUACCUUGAGCUUGGUAGGGUUAUAUGUAUGUUAGUAUGCAUGUGUGAAUGUUGGCAUUUUUUGAAAGCUGAUCCCCUAGUAUUUUACAGAUUAUUUUUUAAUCAGUGAAUUCUGAGGUUUCAAGACUUAAAUUAAAUUUGUAUUAAAGAAAUGUUUUUUUAACUGCAGUUUUAGGCAGUUAACGGUUAAUAUAUUAGUAUUACUGCUCGAUAGAAAUGAAUGUAUUCAAACUGUUAGAAGUAUUAUCAUCUGAUCUAGUGAUUUAUGAUUUCUUUAUUUUAGCUUAAAAAACUACUAGAUUACUUUUAGCUUUCUCAUAGCUCAUUACUUUUUUUGGAAAAUACAAUAAAUAAAAAAACAUUUUCGGAUAUCUUGAAUAAAUGAGCAUUUAAGAUCGUUUUUCUAUUAGUGGGGGUCUUUUGUCUUUCUGUCACUGCCAAAUGCAUGUUUCUAUUCAUUUAAGAUUAUGUCCUUCCGAUUAAACAGUACUCAGCAGACGAAAUGCUUUUUAUAAAAGUUACACACAAAGGUAUUAAACUGAUGUUUUCUCAGUAGUUUAUGUUUGCAAUACGAAGUAUUAUACAACGCUUCCUGAAGGGAGCUUCUAGUAAUACUCACAGGCCUUCUUCCACUAUAAGAUAAGUGUGGAUUUUAGCAGCAUUAUCAUAAUAUGUAAAAUAAUGAUAUUCAAUAAAUAUGUAUUUUUAUUUUCCAGCCAAUCAUUUAUCAAAUAUGCCAUGUUACUACAGCACGAAAUAAACAUGCUUGCCAAUAAGAGUAAUCUUCCGAGUUCUUGCACAAAUCUCAUUUAAAUGGGUUAAAACAUAUUAAGCCAUAAUUUCCUGACUGAAUUAAGCCUCUAAAAGAAUUUACAAAAGCAGUAGCAGUUACCAUGGUGAUUCUGUGCCGCCAGCCUGCUCCAGGCUUAACUAAGCCUGGUGCCUUAUCUGUUUUUUAUCUGUCUAUAUAAAAUUACAACUAAUACAGAUUGGUUUUUACUCAAGUACUCUAAUUAUUUUAACAUUAUGGAUGCCUACACCAUUAUUAACUUUAGACUUCU